CCACGUACCCUAACCGCCAUUAAACAGAAAAAAAAUAAGAACGACGAAGCCAACUUGGAAGUGGUCCAUUGAAAGGUUGCUAGCGCGACCUCCUGUACUGUAGAAUGUAGUAUGGACCAUAGGACAGGACGAAGAAGUCCCGUUAAGAAGCUGUGGAGGCCUAAGAUGCUCUACUAGUCUGCUGGAAAUCCAAAGAAGACGAAGGAGUAAAAAGCAAAAUGGCGUUUGACAGAGAAGGCCUAAACGUGGCCACUGGCCAUUAUUGUUUCUCUAUUUGUAUUUAGUGUAUACAUGUACGCAUAUAUGUCGUGUAGUAGAUGAAACAUUGUUAGUCAUUGUUUGUAUCCGGAUACAUUAGUCUGAGCGCACUUUAUGUGCUAGCUUAGCUUGCUAGUUAGCUUAGCUUGUUAGCUGCUAACAAAGACACGCGGACGUUAUCAACACAUCGCCAAUUAGAGAUCAAAUGUGAGUGUAAAGUGUUGUGAUUGUGUGAAAAUGUGCGAAAGAACGAUAGCAAAGUAUGAGGAGGAACUUUGUCCAACAAAAGAGGAGAAGGAGCGACAACAUCAACUUAUGGACGCCCAAGUUGUGUUACACAGAACAGACGUCCAGCAGCCCCCCCACAUUAAAGAGGAAGACGAGGAUCCACAGCCUCCCCACAUUAAAGAGGAAGAGGAGGAAGUGUGGAUCACUCAGGAGGGAGAGUGUCUUCUAGGGCAGGAGGAGGAUGAUGUCACCAAGUUUCCACUGACUGUUGUCUCUGUGAAGACUGAAGAGCAUGAAGACAAACCACCUGAGUCCUCACAGCUUCAUCACAGUCCAAACGUCUGUGAAGAACAACUUCUGCCUGAAAAACAGGAGUGUAGCUUCAGGAUGGUGAAGGAGGAUCCAUCAAAGAGGAAGACCAGGUGCCACAGACCCUCUGGUGUCUCCUUUUCCUCUUUGACACAGACCCUUCCCUGUAAAAAAGAAGAGGAAGACUCACUGACGCCCCACCUAAAAGAGGAAGAGGCGGAACACUGCAUCAGUCAGGAGGGAGAUCAUAUUGAAGGACUGGUGGAGUUCCCAGUGACUGGUGUCCCUGUGAAGAGUGAAGAUGAUGAGGUCAAAGGUGAAAGUGAGGAGAAGAGAGAGGCGGAGCCUCCAAGCAGCAGCUCAACACAACACAUGACAACAGAAGCUGAUGGAGACCACUGUGGAGGAUCACAAGCAAACAAGCUCUUAGCUCCACUAUCAGAUAGUGAGGACACAACGUCACACUCUCCUGACACUGAUGAUGAAGACUCUAAAGAUGAUAAGACAUGUCACACUGACAACACUCGCUUGAAAUGUUCUCACUGUGACAAAACCUUUAAAUACAAUUGUCAUCUGAAAAGACACAUGAGAACACACACUGGAGAAAAACCUUUUACCUGUUCAAUCUGCAGUAAAGGUUUUGUAGAAGGUCGCAAUUUGAAAGUACACAUGAGAAUACACACUGGUGAAAAACCUUUUAUCUGUUCAAUCUGUGGUACAGGUUUUGUACAAAGUCACAGAUUGAAAGUACACAUAAGAAUACACACUGGUGAAAAACCUUUUUCUUGUUCAAUCUGUGGUAAAGGUUUUGUAGAAAGGUCUAGUUUGAAAAUACACAGAACAACACACACAAGAGAAAAAUCAUUUAUUUGUUCAAUCUGUAGUAAAGGUUUUGUUCUAAGUAACUAUUUGAAAGUGCACAUGAAAACACACACUGGUGAAAAACCUUUUUACUGUUCAAUCUGUGGUAAAGGUUUUGUAGAAAGUUGCAAAUUGAAAGUACACAUGAGAACACACACUGGUGAAAAACCUUUUAUCUGUUCAAUCUGCAGUAAAGGUUUUGUAGAAAGUCACAAUUUGAAAGUACACAUGAGAACACACACUGGUGAAAAAACUUUUAUCUGUUCAAUCUGCAGUAAAGGAUUUGAAGGAAGUUGCAAAUUGAAAGUGCACAUGAGAACACACACUGGUGAAAAACCUUUCUCUUGUUCAAUCUGUGGUAAAGGCUUUGCUCUAAGUAAAUAUUUGAAAGUGCACAUGAGAACACACACUGGUGAAAAACCUUUUAUCUGUUCAAUCUGUGGUAAAGUUUUUGUACAAAGUCACAAUUUAAAAGUACACAUGAAAAGACACACUGGUGAAAAGCCUUUUUCUUGUUCAAUCUGUGGUAAAGGUUUUGCACAAAGGUCUGGUUUGAAAAUACACAGAACAAGACACACAGGAGAAAAAUCAUUUAUUUGUUCAAUCUGUAGUAAAGGUUUUGUUCUAAGUAACUAUUUGAAAGCACACAUGAGAACACACACUGGUGAAAAACCUUUUUCCUGUUCAAUCUGUGGUAAAGGUUUUGUAGAAAGUUGCAGAUUGAAAGUACACACGAGAAUACACACUGGUGAAAAACCUUUUAUCUGUUCAAUUUGCAGUAAAGGUUUUGUAGAAAGUUUCAAAUUGAAAGAACACAUGACAACACACACUGGUGAAAAACCUUUUUCUUGUUCAAUCUGUGGUAAAGGUUUUGCUCUAAGUAAAUAUUUGAAAGUGCACAUGAGAACACACACUGGUGAAAAACCUUUCUCCUGUUCAAUCUGUGGUAAAGGUUUUGUAGAAAGUCACAACUUGAAAGUACACAUGAGAACACACACUGGUGAAAAACCUUUUAUCUGUUCAAUCUGCAGUAAAGGUUUUGUAGAAAGUUGGAAAUUAAAAGAACACAUGAGAACACACACUGGUGAAAAACCUUUUUCUUGUUCAAUCUGUGAUAAAGGUUUUGCUCUAAGUAAAUAUUUGAAAGUGCACAUGAGAACACACACUGGUGAAAAACCUUUCUCCUGUUCAAUCUGUGGUAAAGGUUUUGUAGAAUGUUGCAAAUUGAAAGUACACAUGAGAACACACACUGGUGAAAAACCUUUUAUCUGUUCAAUCUGCAGUAAAGGUUUUCUAGAAUGUUGCAAAUUGAAAGUACACAUGAGAACACACACUGGUGAAAAAUCACAUUCCUGUUCAGUCUGCAACAGAAGCUUUUGUGACCAAUCAAACCUUGUAGCACACAUGAGAACACACCCAGGAGAGAAAGUGCUGAGUUGCAGUGUGUGUGCUGAAAGAUUCUCUUAUAAGUACCAGUGUAAGAAACACAAGUGUGCUGGUGAGAACAGCAGCAGCAAAUGAAACUGCAGGAUUUGAAAUAAACUGUCAAGACUUUAAUUUUGACUUCCUAACAUCAGCACAUAUAACAUGUGUGACAUUGUUGUUUGUGUAACAAUCUUUUUAAUAUGCUUCUACAUUUAUAGAUUAUAUAUUUUAUAUUGGUGCUUUUUUCAGUCAAGUACAUGCAUUAAUAUGCAACAUUGUGUACUUUUAUUAAACAUUGAACAGAACAAUUUGACUGAAAAGGUUAGAGUAAACAGUACAAGACAUUUUACAUAAACAUGUUAUGUGUAUAUAUAUUUAUCAUACAAUAUUAGACUUAUUCAUAAUAGUGUUUUCUAUAGGUGUUUGAGAUAUUGAAGUAUUACAUAUUAUUUCUAAUUUUUAAUGAUCCCAUAGAUUAGACUAUGAUAUACAUAUUUAGUAGUUCACAUCUGAGACAUCUUCUGGACCACUUCAGGAAGCAUAUUAUUAUUUACUUUAUACAUCAUUUGAACAGUUGUCUUUUAUACAAUUUUAAAAUGUGUAAUUUUAUGAAUCAUUUGUUGGGUCUCUAUAAUCCAUUUUAUUAAUCAUCUUUAUUACUCUCUUGUAAUAUGAUGAUUGUGUUGUGAUUGAUUUAUAUGUAAGUACUCAGACAUUUAUGCAAUAAAAAAAU